AUGGCGGGGCUCUGGCAGCGGCGCCAAGGCGGGGUGCUGGCCGACGAGAUGGGCCUGGGCAAGACCGUGCAGGUGUGCGCCUUCCUCAACGGCAUGCGUAAGGCCGGCGCGACGCAUGCACUCCUGCUGCUCCCAGUGGCGCUGCUCGACCAGUGGGAGAAGGAGGCCAAGAAGUGGUGCCCUGGCUGGCCGGUGUACACCUACUACGGGAACCCUUCGCAGCGGAUGAGCGCGCUCAGGCGCGUGAGCAGACCGCAGGGCGGCCUGCUGCUCACCACCUAUAACCUGCUCGGCACCACCGAAGACCUCCACAGGGUCAUCGUGGACGACGCGCCCUCCCCGCGGCGGAACAAGGGCGGCCGCCAGAAGGGGAAAGGCCGCGGCCGUGGGGACAAGCAGUCGGCGAAGCGGCGCAGGCUGGACGACGACGAGGGCUUCGACGCGCCGGAGGACGAGGAGGAGCCGCAGAUGGUGGAGCUCCUGCCGGAGGACGGGCUGCCAAGCAGCGGCGAAGUCCGGGCCUGGGACGUGGUCAUCUGCGACGAGGCCCACAAGAUGAAAAACAUCUCGACGCUGCUCGGCAGGACCCUCCGCCAGCUGAGGUCCGAGUGCCGGGUGCUGCUGACCGGCACCCCGGUGCAGAACGCGCUGCAGGAUCUUUGGUCACUCAUGGACUUCGCGCAGCCCGGGCUGCUGGGCAACCACGCCACCUUCGUGAAGACGUUCAGCGAGCCCAUCGACCGCGGCAGCGUGCGCGGCGCCGACGCCUGGUCCGUGCAGCUCAGGGAUCACCUGGCGGAGCAGCUGCGCAGGGAGAUCAAGCCGUACUUCCUCAACCGCACCAAGGUCAUGGUCGGGCUGGUGGGCGAGGCCGCGGGCGCCCCGGCCGGAGACGGGGACGACGGGGCCGACGCGGUGGCCGAGGACGCGGAGGUGGGCGAGGAGGGGAAGAAGGCCAGGCGGCUGAUCCCGAAGAAGGAGACCGUCAUCUGGCUGACCCCGACCGAGGCACAGGCCUCCCUGUACCGGGAGGUGCUGCAGAGGAGCGAGGUCAUCCGCGAGGCGUCCGCCAAGCAGAAGCUCGGCGUCGAGGUCUUCAAGGCCAUCGGCCUCCUGAAGAAGCUGUGCAACCACCCCGCGCUGCUGGUGCCCGCGCCGAGGCCGAACGACUGGGGGGAGAUGCUCUCGGAGGUGGCCGCGGCCCCGGCGACGGCCGCGCGCCCCGAGGGCCAGGCGCCUGGGCCCGGGGGCCCCGAGGACGCCGAGGGCCUGGCGCUGAGCUUCGCCGAGGGCGACGACGAGAGCGCGUGGAGCCCCGGCGGCAGCGCCGACGCCAGCGGCAGCGAGGCCGCGGAGGCGGCCGCCGACCCCGGCGAGGCACUGGUGCCCGAGCUGCCCAGGGAUGCUGGCGAGCUGCUGUCGCAGAGUGCGAAGCUCCAGUGCCUCCGGGCGCUGCUGCCAGCCCUGGCCGCGCGGGGGCACCGCACCUUGGUGUUCUCGCAGAGCCUCAAGAUGCUGGACCUGAUCCAGGUGUGUUGCCUGAGGCCCCUCGGCCUGCGCUGCCUGCGCAUAGACGGCAAGACGGACGCCCAGGAGCGCGCGGACAAGGUCGCGAAGUUCAACAACCAGCCGGAGCGCUUCCAGUGCAUGCUGCUCACCACCAUGACCGGCGGCGUGGGGCUGAACCUCACCAGCGCCGACCGCGUCGUCAUCGUGGACCCGGCGUGGAACCCCGCCGUGGACGCGCAGGCCGUCGACCGGGCAUUCCGCAUCGGCCAGACGCGCGAGGUCCGCGCGUACAGGCUGGUCAUGAGCGGCCUGAUCGAGGACAAGAUGUUCCGCCUGCAGGUCUUCAAGCACGGCCUCACGAGGACCGCGCUGGAGGCGAAGCAGCAGCGGGGGUAUUUCACCACCAGGGAGAUCCGCGCGCUCUUCGAAUGGACAGAUCCGGCCCAGGGGGAGACCCGCCAGCUGCUGAAGGCGGCCACGACGACGACGCGGAGGAGGCAACGACGGCGGCGGCGACGGCGACGGCGACGGCGACGGCGACGACGACGACGACGACGACCACGACGACGGCGACGGCGACGACGACGACGACGACGGCGACGACCGACGACGCCGCGCCCCAGGAGGUCCCCAAAGGCCUCUCCGGGGGCCUCCCGAGGCCCGGGCAGGCCGCCCGAGGCCCGACGAGGGCCGACCACGCCGGGGCACCUCGCCGUCGAACUGCUGCUGCUGCUCCUCGACCCUCCCUCGCUCCCUCGCUCCCCUCCCUCCUCCCUCCCCCUCCUCCUCCUCGUCCUCCUCCUCCUCCUCCUCCUUUUCCUCCUCCUCCUCCGCCUCCUUCUCCUUUUCCUCCUCCUCCUCCUCCUCGUCCUCCUCCUCCUCCUCCUCGUCCUCCUCCUCCUACUCCUCCUCCUCUUCCUCCUCCUCCUCCUCCUCCUCCUUGGGCCUCCUCCUCCUCUUCCUACUUGA